AUGAAGAUCGCCACUCUUUCUCUUAUUGCUGCCACGUUGUUCAGCACUGCUCUGGCUGACUGUCAGAACAUUGGUGGAAACUGGUAUUGCUCCCAAACCAAUAAGUUCAUCUACAACAAUGUGGGUUUUUCCGGUUCCUACAACGAUGUCACCUCCAUGGAUGAGAACUCCGGUACUUGUUCGUCCCAACCUGCCCCAUUCUCGGGCACCUUGUCUCCUUUGGACCAAGAAUUGUCUGUUCACUUCAGAGGUCCUAUUAAGUUGAAGCAGUUCGGUGUCUACUACCGCUCUACUGGCGGUGCCUCCAAGAGAGACGUCGAGGAGGAGAAGAGAGAUGAUGACUGUGCUUUGGUUGAACGUCACGUUCACAAGCACGUCAAGAGAGCCACCACGGUUGUCACCCAAAUGGUUGUAUUGGACCAGAAUGGAAAAACCGUUACUCCAUCUGCUACUGGCGCCGCUGCUCCUGCUGCUCCAUCUGCUCCUGCUGCUCCUGCCGCUUCCGGUGCUGCUUCUUCCAGCUCCUCCGGCGCUCCUGCUGCUCCUGCUACUCCUGGCUCCUCUGGCUCUUCUGGCUCUUCUGGUUCCUCUGGUUCUUCCGGUUCCUCUGGUUCCUCUGCUCCAUCCAGUGCCGCUUCUUCUGCUCCUGGCUCCGCUGCCGCCGGUGAUUGGAUCAGAUCGUCUUACUAUGUUCCAGGUUCCACCACCAACUGUACUAUCAUGAACCAUUUCGGUGGUGCUGGUUCUGGUGUCUGGUCCUCUGCUUUUGGUAACUCUAUCUCCUAUGCUAACGCUGAUAACUCUGGUUGUUCUUCUUCCCCUGUUGCCCUCGGUGACGUCUUGAUUGGCUCCAACAAGGAGUUCCUUAUCAUGUCUGGCCUUCAAUGUGGUGACAAGUCUGAAACUGGAGGAUGUGGCUUCUACAGAAAGGGUAUCCCCGCUUACCACGGAUGGAACGGUAUCGAGAAGAUUUUCGUUUUCGAGUUCCUGAUGCCUUCUUCUGGUGCUACUGGCUUCAACGGUGACAUGCCUGCUAUUUGGAUGUUGAACGCUAAAAUCCCAAGAACUUUGCAAUACGGUGCUCAAUCGUGCUCUUGUUGGUCUAGUGGAUGUGGUGAGUUGGACUUGUUCGAGAUUCUUUCCAGCGGUUCUAACUCAUUGAUCACUCACUUGCACGACAAGCAGGGUGACAACGGCUCUGGCUACGGUGGUGGUGGAUCUGGCGACUACAUCCAAAGACCAGUCCAAGGUACCAUGAAGGCUGCUGCCAUUUUCACCAAGGGUAAGAUCCACGUUAUGCAACUUGACGACUCUGUCUCUUUUGACUCUGUCUUGGUGUCUGCAAUUGUUGACGCUUGGGUUGCUGCUCCUGGUACCCCAAUUAACAUCGGUUAA